ACACACACACACAAGACAAGAUGCCGGCCGUGUCGAAAGGCGACGGGAUGAGGGGGCUGGCGGUGUUCAUCUCGGACAUUAGGAACUGUAAAAGCAAAGAAGCCGAAAUUAAGCGAAUAAACAAAGAGCUGGCAAACAUCCGAUCAAAGUUCAAAGGAGACAAGGCCCUAGACGGCUACAGUAAGAAGAAAUAUGUCUGCAAGCUGCUCUUCAUCUUUCUGCUGGGCCACGACAUCGAUUUCGGCCACAUGGAAGCCGUCAACCUGCUCAGCUCCAACAAGUACACUGAGAAGCAGAUCGGUUACCUUUUCAUCUCGGUGCUGGUGAACUCCAACAGCGAGCUGAUCCGCUUGAUAAACAACGCCAUCAAGAAUGAUCUGGCCAGCCGCAACCCCAUCUUCAUGUGCCUGGCCCUGCACUGCAUCGCCAACGUGGGCAGCAGGGAGAUGGCAGAGGCCUUUGCCUCCGAGAUUCCCAAAAUCCUCGUGGCUGGGGAUACCAUGGACAGCGUGAAGCAGAGUGCCGCCCUGUGUCUGCUCCGUCUCUACAAGACGUCCCCGGAUCUGGUGCCCAUGGGCGAGUGGACCUCUCGCGUUGUGCACCUGCUCAAUGAUCAGCACCUGGGGGUGGUGACCGCAGCUACCAGCCUCAUCACAUGUCUCAGCAAGAAGAACCCAGACGAGUUUAAGACGUGUGUCUCGCUGGCUGUGUCCAGGCUCAGUCGGAUCGUGUCGUCCGCCUCCACUGACCUCCAGGAUUACACCUAUUACUUUGUUCCUGCGCCCUGGCUGUCUGUCAAGCUCCUGAGACUCUUGCAGUGCUACCCUCCCCCUGAGGACACUGCCGUGAAGGGCAGGCUGAUCGAAUGUAUGGAGACCAUCCUGAACAAGGCUCAGGAGCCACCCAAGUCCAAGAAGGUGCAACACUCCAAUGCCAAGAACGCCAUUCUCUUCGAAGCGAUCAGCCUCAUCAUACACUAUGACAGCGAGCCGAAUCUGCUGGUGCGAGCCUGUAACCAGCUGGGCCAGUUCCUUCAGCACCGGGAGACUAACCUGCGUUACCUGGCCCUGGAGAGCAUGUGUCUGCUGGCCGGCUCCGAGUUCUCUCACGAGGCCGUCAAAACCCACAUCGAGACCGUCAUCAACGCGCUCAAGACGGAGAGGGACGUGAGUGUGCGACAGCGAGCAGCAGACCUCCUGUACGCCAUGUGCGACCGCACCAACGCCCCCCAGAUAGUGGCCGAGAUGCUGAGCUACCUGGAGACGGCGGACUAUUCCAUUCGUGAAGAAAUCGUGCUGAAGGUGGCUAUUCUGGCAGAGAAGUACGCUGUGGAUUACACGUGGUACGUGGACACCAUCCUGAACCUGAUCCGCAUCGCGGGAGACUACGUGAGCGAGGAGGUGUGGUACCGUGUCAUUCAGAUCGUCAUCAACCGCGACGACGUCCAGGGCUACGCCGCCAAGACCGUCUUCGAGGCUCUGCAGGCUCCGGCCUGCCACGAGAACAUGGUGAAAGUCGGCGGCUACAUCCUGGGAGAGUUCGGCAACCUCAUCGCUGGGGAUCCACGGUCCAGCCCCCUAGUCCAGUUUAACCUGCUGCAUUCCAAGUUCCACCUGUGUAGUGUGCCCACCCGGGCCCUGCUGCUCUCCUCCUACAUCAAGUUUGUCAACCUCUUCCCCGAGACCAAGACCACCAUCCAGGACGUCCUGCGCAGCGACAGCCAGCUCCGCAACUCUGACGUGGAGCUCCAGCAACGAGCCGUGGAGUACCUCAAGCUCAGCUCCAUCGCCAGCACCGACGUCCUGGCCACCGUGCUGGAGGAGAUGCCUCCGUUCCCCGAGCGCGAGUCCUCCAUUCUGGCCAAGCUGAAGAAGAAGAAGGGACCGGGGACCGUGACGGACAUGGAGGAAGGCAAGAAGGAGCAGAGCGAGCUGAACGGGGGGGUCGAACCAGUCGCAGUCAAUGCCAGCACCGUGUCGACUCCAUCUCCUUCCGCUGACCUCCUGGGCCUGAAGUCCACGCCAGCCAGCGCAGGUGGAGGCAGCCUGCUGGUGGACGUCUUCACCGACGCCCUGCCCGGCACUGGAGGGCUGGCACCCGGCUCCGAAGAGAAUUUCUCCCGCAACUGAACCUUCAGGCCAAGCCGGUGGAGCCCAUGGUGGAGGGGGGGGCUCAAGUCCAACAAGUCAUCAACAUUGAGUGUCAGUCUGACUUCACUGAAGCCCCCCUCCUCAACAUCCAAUUCAGAUACGGAGGAACUCUGCAGAACAUCACUCUGAAACUGCCCAUCACUGUCAACAAGUUCUUCCAGCCCACAGAGAUGGCCUCCGAGGAUUUCUUCCAACGCUGGAAACAGCUCAGCAGUCCACAGCAGGAAGCACAGAAGAUCUUCAAAGCCAAUCAUCCCAUGGACACAGAGGUCACCAAGGCCAAGUUGAUAGGAUUCGGAUCCGCUCUGCUGCAGGGGGUCGACCCGAACCCGGAUAAUUUUGUCGGAGCCGGAGUCAUCCACACGAAAUCCAUCCAGGUCGGGUGCUUGCUGCGACUCGAGCCAAACGGUCAGGCACAGAUGUAUCGGCUCACACUACGCACAAGUAAGGAGUCUGUGUCGAAGAGGCUAUGCGAGCUGCUGUCCCAACAAUUCUGAACCAUCCUACGUACCCCAUAUCUCUCUCUCUCUCUCAAUCUCUUUCACACUAUAUCGUGCGUCCGAGUCAGAAGUGUGUGUGUGCGUGUGCGCGGGUGAGUGUGGUGUGUGUGUGGGUGCGUGUGUGCAUGUAUGCGUGUGUUCAUAUAGACACGCGUGUGUGCGUGAAUGUCGGUAUAUCUUUUGCCACGUCCAAUGAAUCUCUUAAAACAAAUAUAUAUCAUGUGAUGUCCUUUCA